CCGAAACAGAACCUUAAUGCCAAACACCACACUGACCUAUGACAUUCAGAGAGUCAACCUCUUCGACAGCUUUGAAGCCUCCAGAAGAGUGUGCGAUCAGCUAGCCUUAGGCGUGGUGGCCGUCUUCGGCCCGUCCCACACCUCCUCGGUGAGCGCCGUCCAGUCCAUCUGCAACGCCCUGGAGGUGCCGCACAUCCAGACGCGCUGGAAGCACCCGUCCGUGGACAACAAGGACACCUUCUACAUCAACCUGUACCCGGAGUACAGCGCCAUCAGCAGGGCCAUCCUGGACAUCGUCACCUUCAUGCAGUGGAAGGCCGUCACCAUAGUCUACGAGGACAGCACAGGCCUGAUGCGCAUGCAGGAGCUGAUCAAAGCCCCGUCCAAGAACAACCUGAAGGUUCGCAUCAGGCAGCUUCCCUCGGGGAGCUCGGACGCGCGCCCGCUGCUCAAGGAGAUGAAGAAGGGCAAGGAGUUCUUCGUCAUCUUCGACUGCUCCUACCAGAUGGCCGCCGAGCUCCUCAAACAGCUGAUGUCAAUGGGAAUGAUGACAGAGUACUACCACUUCUUCUUCACUACGCUGGACCUGUUUGCCUUGGACCUGGAGCCUUACCGCUUCACGGGCGUGAACAUGACGGCCUUCCGCAUGCUGAACCUUGAGAGCCCCGUGGUGUCCUCGGUCAUGGAGAGGUGGGCCAUGGAGCGACUGCAGUCCUUGCCCAAAUCCGACUCCGUCCUGCAGAACAGGAUCAUGACUACGGAGGCGGCUCUGAUGUAUGAUGCAGUCUUCAUGGUUGCCGUGGCAUCUCAGCGUGCCACCCAGAUGACGGUGAGCUCACUGCAGUGCCACCGCCAUAAACCCUGGCGCUACGGCCCACGCUUCAUGAAUCUAUUCAGAGAGGCUCGCUGGGAUGGGUUGACGGGACGUAUCGUCCUGAACAAGACUGAUGGCUUGAGGAGAGACUUUGACUUGGACCUUAUCAGUUUAAAGGAAGAUAAGAAUGUCAAGAUUGGAGUGUGGAAUUCCUUCACAGGCCUCAACUUGACUGAAAUAAAGAAAGAUAACCCAAAUGACACAGAGUCGCUCUUCAACCGAACACUCGUAGUCACUACUAUACUGGAACAUCCCUAUGUGAUGUAUAAGAAAUCAGACAAGGUGCUGUAUGGAAAUGACCGCUUCGAAGGCUACUGCCUGGACCUUCUGAAAGAGCUGUCCAACAUCCUGGGCUUCACCUAUGAGGUGAAAUUGGUCUCUGACGGAAAGUACGGCGCCCAGAACGACAAGGGCGAAUGGAACGGAAUGGUCCGAGAACUCAUUGACCAUAUAGCCGACUUGGCCGUGGCGCCCCUGACCAUCACUUACGUGCGUGAGAAGGUCAUCGACUUCUCCAAGCCCUUCAUGACGCUGGGCAUCAGCAUUCUGUACCGCAAGCCCAACGGCACCAACCCGGGAGUCUUCUCCUUCCUCAACCCCCUCACACCCGACAUCUGGAUGUACGUGCUGCUCGCCUGCCUGGGGGUCAGCUGUGUGCUCUUCGCCAUUGCCAGGUUCAGCCCGUACGAGUGGUACAACCCUCAUCCCUGCAACCCGGCCUCGGACGUGGUGCAGAACAAUUUCACCUUGCUUAAUAGCUUCUGGUUCGGCGUUGGAGCUCUCAUGCGGCAAGGCACCGAGGUGAUGCCCAAAGCCCUCUCGACGCGGAUCGUCGGCGGGAUAUGGUGGUUCUUCACGCUAAUCAUAAUAUCCUCCUACACUGCCAACUUGGCCGCCUUCCUCACCGUGGAGAGAAUGGACUCGCCCAUCGCCUCGGCAGACGAUCUGGCCAAGCAGACCAAAAUCGAGUACGGCGCUGUGAGGGACGGGUCCACCAUGACGUUCUUCAAGAAAUCCAAGAUCUCGACGUACGAGAAGAUGUGGGCGUUCAUGAGCAGCCGUAAGAACACGGCUCUGAUGAAGAACAACCGCGAGGGCAUCACGCGCGUGCUGACCACGGACUACGCCCUGCUCAUGGAGUCCACUAGCAUUGAGUACAUCAGCCAGAGGAACUGCAACCUCACACAGGUCGGAGGACUCAUCGACUCCAAGGGAUACGGAGUGGGCACCCCUAUUGGCUCGCCGUACCGAGACAAGGUGACCAUCGCCAUCCUGCAGCUGCAGGAGGAGGGUAAGCUGCACAUGAUGAAGGAGAAGUGGUGGCGCGGCAACGGCUGCCCGGAGGAGGACAAUAAGGAGGCCAACGCCCUGGGCGUGGAGAACAUCGGGGGCAUCUUCAUCGUGCUCGCCGCCGGACUUGUGCUGUCCGUGUUCGUGGCCAUCGGAGAGUUCAUCUACAAGGCACGCAAGAACUCCGACAUCGAGGAGGCCUUCUGCUUCUUCUACGGGGUCCAGUCGGGCCAGCUGCAGCGCCACGGCUCCACCUCGUCCUCGGGCACGUCCCUGUCCACCGACCUGGAGAGCGGCCGGCUCCUCGGGGACGACCUGGACGACAGAUAGGCACAACCCGC